ACGUAGAGACGCAAAGAAGAUCCAAAAUAGCGUAAGCGCCAAACCCAAUCUCCCCCCAUCUCUCCCUCUAUCUUCCUCUUUCUCUGUCUCUCUCGCUUGGUCCCCUGCAUCGAUCGGACGGUCCAGGGCAGACCUCAGCCACCACGGCAGAUCCCAGCUGUCGAAUGAGCCGAGGGUAUGCUCAUUUGUUUAUGAAGCCUUGUCCUUGUCCCCUGCCCGAGGCGUUGCUGUGUUGUUGAAUUCUAAGUUGCAGGUUGUUUGGGUUUCUCUCUCUCUCUCUCUAGAAAAUUUUUCAUCUUUCUGCGCCUGCAAAUUCUCUAUCAUUUUCAGGAGAAUCCAACAGUGCUCUGACACAAAAUCACAUUCCUUCGAAUCAGUACUUUUUUUUCUGUCCUCGAUCACCGAUCCCUCUCGGCCUCAAGAAUGGACACAAUGCUGGUCCCGCCGUGGCUGGAGCCGUUGCUGACCACUGCUUUCUUCUCCGUCUGCCGGAUUCACGGCGACGCCGCCCGGAGCGAGUGCAAUAUGUACUGCCUGGACUGCAAUGGAGGCUCAUUUUGCUACUACUGCCGUUCCUCGCGCCACAAGGACCACCGAGUCAUCCAGAUACGGCGGUCUUCGUACCAUGAUGUGGUGAGGGUUGCGGAGAUUCAGAAGGUGUUGGACAUAAGCGGAGUUCAGACGUAUGUUAUCAACAGCGCCAGAGUGCUGUUUCUGAACGAAAGGCCUCAACCCAAAGCAGGGAAGGGAGUUGCCCACAUUUGUGAAAUCUGCGGGAGAAGUCUAUUAGACCCAUUUCGUUUCUGUUCACUGGGAUGCAAGCUCGUGGGAGUGAAGACAAAUAGGGAUGCAAGCUUUGCCGUGGAUGCGAAGAAUGAGGGAGCUGCAAUGGGAAUAAUGGGAGAAGGCAUAUCAAGAAGGGCAUUUCCGUCAACAGAAGAGGGAGAAUUGCGUGAAGGGUCACAACAGGACAUUUACCCGCCCACGCCGUCUCCACCUACUUCCAAUGCAAGGAGAAGAAAGGGCAUUCCUCAUAGGGCACCCCUGGGCUCCUAACAUUCACUUCCCCUUGCUCUCUCUCUCUCUCUCUCUCUCUCUCUGUAGUACCAGAAUACUCCCGAGUCAUCAUUGUCUUUCAUGGACCCUCUGUCUGGGGGGUGCCUGCCCUAAACAAGGGCGGGUUACCCUCCUCUUGAGGCGUCCAGAAAACAAGAAGUACCAUUGCCCUCUUUAGGGUUGGGGGGUCCCAAGCCCAGCAGGUUCUCUCCUCCUGUGAAGAAGGAAGAAGAAGAAGCAGCAAUAAUGCAGAAUUGUUAUUCAUAGUUGCAAGGUGUACAUGUCAUUAAUUAAGAAAUUAAAUUAAAGCAAGUCUUUGUGGAGUC